AUGCCUUACAACUCGGAAAAGAACACUCGCCUUCGCGCUCGACAGCUACAGCUUCUCUAUGUGCUGCACAAGGACAUCCCAUAUCCCUACGCAGACCAGAUCACAAGUGAGGACAUUGCUCUGGCCAAUGCUCUUGAGCCCUGCUGGACGCAUAGCCUCGCCUCACCGAAGCACGUUCUCACCUACCCUUGGGAGUGGGUUAUGAAGAAGGGGUCUCUUGCUGCUGUACUUCGCAGGUUCCGUGUGAAGGCCAAGAAACUGCUCGAUGCUCAGCCGCUGCUUGAUAAAUCAGAUUUCGAGAUCUAA